AUGAAUAGCGACGAAGAAACACCCAAUGUCGAAUUUAAGAAGAAAAAAAGAAAGCCAUUAAGAAAACGUGAAAUCCUUUCAGAUGAUGACAGCGAGAGUGAGAAAACAUCUCUCAGGGAAAAAGUCGAAGAAAUGAAAAUCGUUCAAAAACUUCGUGAAAGGCCGACAGGUAUUAACGUCGUUGGUUUAGCUCUUGGAGAAAAUGUUGCAUCUGAUGUAAUAAUGUCCGAUCCCUUUAAUAUGAAAACUGGAGGAAUGGUAAAUAUGGCUGUGUUGAAAAAUACAAAACAUCGUCAGAAUGAUGCUUAUGAUACUGGUAUUGGAACACAGUUUAAUGCAGAAACUAAUAAACGUGAUGAAGAUGAGGAAAUGGUUAAAUAUAUAGAAGAAGAAUUAUCAAAACGUAAAAGUAAAAAUAAUAAAGAUGUAGCAAAUGGUAUAAAUAAUGAAAAAGGAUCAUAUUGUUCACCCGAGGAGGCAGCACUACGAGCAGUACCAGAGCAUUUAAGACAAAGCUCAGCUCAUCGCAGUGAAGAAAUGCUUUCAAAUCAAAUGCUUUCUGGCAUUCCAGAAGUAGACCUUGGCAUAGAAGCUAAGAUUCGUAACAUUGAAGCUACUGAAGAGGCAAAGUUGAAAUUACUCUGGGACAGGCACAGAAAGAAAGAUGGACCAUCACAAUUUGUUCCUACUAAUAUGGCUGUAAAUUUUGUACAGCAUAAUAGAUUUAACAUAGAAGACCCGGAUUUUCAAAAAUCACGACAAGAUUCUGAUGACAAGAAAAAAAGUGUUACCAAGGAAGAUAUACGAGGAAAGCGAAAAGAUAACGGAGAAAAGGCGACAGAUGAUUAUCAUUAUGAGCGAUUCAAAAAGCAAUUUAGAAGAUUUUAAAUUCCGUCUAUUUUACUUAUUAUACUUACUAAGUAACUUGUAAAGUAAUUAUCAAGUAAAUUAAUAUACUUACAAGUAUAUAAAAGUUGAUUAUAUACAAUCUUUCUAAAUUUUUUAAUAUCACAAAUGAAAAAAUACUUUCAUAUUAACUUUGCACAAUUUAUAUUUAUGUUUAAAUAAAUAUAUCUAUUAUGAAAUACUAAGAGGAAUUUAAUGCCCAUAUUUUGAAAAUAUUAGAUUUUUUUAUAGUAAUUUUUCAAUUU